UUAUAUCUAAUCCCCCCUUUGUCCCCAUUUACUUCAAGUAUCCAAGUGAAAGUAAAAAUGUUGGUCGUAGGUUUCAGUUCCUCAGAAAUUAUUCUUGUAGUUGUUGUGAUAGUCAUAGGGAAAAUAUGUUUGCAUCCACGCCCAAACAUAAGCAGGUUAUUAACACUUUCCUUUGAGCUCAGUUAAGUCUCACCUCAGACACAGACGCUCACUCCCAAAUGAUGGAACAACUUUGUGAGGCCUUCUUUAAUGCCACCGGAACUGUAAGGGGUUUGUUCCUGGUUCCUAUUAUUCUGAACUUCUUAGGUUUCACCGCAGUUGGAAUAGUAGCAGGCUCCAUUGCUGCUAAACUGAUGUCGUUUUUUGCAAUUCUUUAUGGAGGAGGCGUUCCAGCAGGAGGUCUGGUGGCAAUCUUGCAGUCAUUGGGUAUGGCAGGUUUCACAGCGAUCGCCAAAGCAUUUGCAGGUGGUGUUGGAGGAGCGGCAGCAUGGCUGCUGUCAGAAAUUUGUAAGACAACCGGAACCCAAACAUUCAUUAAAGUAUGAAUUAUGAGAAAUUAUACUGUUAUAACGAGAUAAAAAGUCUAAAAAUGACAAUUCUCAUCUUGUCAUUAACUAUUUCAAUAAGCCAAAAGCUUGUUUUAUAAAUGUGGAAGAUGCAGCCUGGUGUCAUUUUCACGAUGUUCAUUAGCUCUGA